CUCUCUGGUCCGCCACUUCCUCAUGUAGGUUGUAGCGGCAUCAUGCCGUACCCCCUGGCUCGAGUUCCCAUUCUGGUCUAAGACUAAAGCGUCUCCUGCUACAAGUGCCGGUGACAAUCUGGGAGCGUGCAAAGCGCAGAUAUGGCGAUCGGGAAAGCGUUGCUGGCGGUCGGGUUAUGCACGGCGGAAGCUUUGUCUGAUGAGGAUGUAGGCUACCAUCGGCUCUUUGAGACAGCGAACGACGAAUUCGACAAUCGUUGUGCACCGUCCAUGGGAAAGGAAAUGCCAAAGUACCUCCAGGGCGGUAGUUUCGUCAUUGGCAGCGUUGGGCAGCAAGAGAUGGGUGAUCGACAUUUUGUUGGGUACUUGGAUGCAUUCGGGAAGUACACGCGGUACACGGUUGAAGACGGGCAGGUCUGCGCUACAUACCGUAUGAUGCGCACCGGUUUCUACAACAAUUCGGUGGAAGCGGGUACGAUCGCUUCUGGAUUGCUUUUCUACCCAGUUGUUUGCGGCAAGUCCCGCCACUGUGCCAGUCCAGCGCUUUUGAAGGCGAUUUUCCGAGGAGCGAGCAGGAAGUCGUAAGGCUUGACACCUCGGGCCCCAAGGGUUGGGAAAGCCGUGAACUAUGGCACGUUUUUCCGCGUGGUGUUGGUGUUCGUCGUCGUUUUCCCCCCUUCCUCGUCUUCCCCCCCCCUCUCUUGGAGG